UUUUUUCGGGUUUCGGCUUUGCUGUGGCUGUUGGAAGAAAUAACUUGUGCUUCGACGAAAAAGAUGAGUUUUGUAGUGAAAGUGUCAUUUGUGCGUGAAUUUGCCGUUUUUUUUCGGGAAAAGGUGGAGGCGUCGUAGAGCACAGGUCCACGACAAUUAUUCGGCCGUAGCCGGAUUUUAGCGGUGUUUCAUGAGCUGUUUCAGAUCUGGCUGGAAGGAAGGGGCUGUGAAGUGUGGGGAAAUUAAUGUGCUUAGUGGUGAUAACGUAGAAUGGAUGCUUGAUUUGUAAUUUUGUGAAAUUCAUUCAAAAAUCCAAGAUGGCAGCCUUCAUAGGAUAAAAGUCGAACGGCCAGAAGAAACGAAGAGCGUGAGAGCAAGAGCAUUCAAAGAGAAGGAGAUCCGUAUUAAUGUGGGCGAGAAAUUAAAAAGAGCGGGAGAGCGUUGAAGUCGCAAGUAUUUUGUGAGAACAAAUUAACAGGUUGUGAUUUUUUGUGCUGGCGAAACUUGUUUCGCAAGGAAAUGUAGUGAAAAAUUAAGGAAAAGCUCAAGAAUAAAAAAACGGGUGGAAGAAAAGUGCACGGAAAAGUAAAACCCUUGUCGGGAAACUCUUUUUUUCUGCGGGAAAAGAGAGCAGACAUACAUACACACACACAUACAGAAGUGGAAAACUCUUAAUCAGAAAGUAAUUUGCGCUGCCAGCGUUCAUCCCUUGCGGGAGCGAAGAGAAGUGUGGACGGUUUAUCCCGUGUGCUGAAAAGCUGGUGAAAAGUGGAAAUUAAAUUUUUCCUCUUAGUAAGAAGAAAAUCAAAAGAAGAACGCCUUUUUCGGCGAAACGGAAGGAAAAGUCGAAAGCAGCUCUAGUUCUUUUUUUUUUGUUUGAGAAACAGAAGGAGUACGGAAACCGGCAGAAAUUCGGUGAAGAGAAGUUAGUUUUUUUUUUCCUGGAGAAGAAAUCCUGCCUUUGGGAAAGUACUUGAGGAUCCUGCAAAAAUGCUGCCGCUGCUGUUCUUUGUUUUGCUGACAGCGUCCGCCGCCCUAGGUGGCUCCGACAAGAGCAGUCACACGUCGAUGGUGAAGACGCUGCGGUCCGACGUCGGGCUGGCCGGCAAGGUCGUCGCGUUCAAUGCCACAAGCGCGGGCUCCCGCAAGCCGAAGCGCUCCAACGGCGAGAUCCCGCUGCUGAUCAUCCGGCCGAUCGACGGCAAGAAGAAGAAGAAGGUCUACAAGGAUCCCGGCGUGAAGAUCAUGUCCGGGGGCGUGGCCUCGUAUGGGAACUACCCGGAAAUCCAUACGAGCGAUGGCGAAAUCUUCUCGCUAGAGCACAUGCUGCCAAUCCUCGGCCUGGAGAUGGUCUUCAAGGGCAUGCCCAAGUACCCGCACUUGUCGAACCAUUUCAUUCCGUCCCCACAGUUUAAGCCAUCGGAGUUCCACCAGUUCCUGACGUCUUCUCCGGGUAAGGGCAAGGAAGAACUGCUGCAUCCGACGCUUUCGCUGGCUCCGGCUCAGUCCCUUCCGUCGCCCCCACCGCCAAACUUUGCGCCGGCCAUAAAUACCGAGGAUCAGCUGCUGAAGCUGGGCCAGCAGGCUAUUAGCAAGCUGGAGACGCCCGGAUCGACGGCAUCGCUGGUCCAGGAGAAGCCGGCCUUUGUGAAGCCGGACCAACUACCAAGCUUCGGUUCGUCGAGCUUCUUCGGUGGUCACAAUGACAUUUUCAAGCAUCAAAAGCCAAGCUUUGGUCCUGCUCCCUCCUCCCAACAAACCUUUUACAAGAAACCCCAAAUGGUCAGUCCGUUGUCAAUUUCGACCAACUUUUACUACCCAAAAAAUGUUGCCACUGAAGAGCAGCAACAGCAUCAGUACUACAAACAUCAAUCCCAACAUCAGUCCCAAGCUCCCCAAACCUACUCCCACCAAGCCCCGGCUCCGACUCCGGUGACUCACGUCAACUACUACUUCCCCAAGGAGAUCGAAGCCUCUCCCCAACCUCAGCCCCAAACCGUGGCCCACCAAUAUCCGGCACCCCCAUCCAUUCAGCAUCCCUCCAUCCCGGUGAACACAGUUCAAAAUGGCGAACAUGUUGACUUUGUUGUUCCCAAGCAACCCUCCCACGAAUCCCAGAGCAAUCCCUCGGACAAGCAGCCCUUCACGGCGUUCAAGAACCAGUACAAGCAAACCUUCCAAAAGUACCAGGCCCUGCCCCAGCAGCAGCUCCAACAGCCCAACUUUUACGCUCACAAACAGCAACCCCAGUUCGAGUACUCCAACUCCAAGCCCAACAGCUAUGAAAACGGUCCCGUCACCUACGAAUACCACGGUCCCUCCUCCUACCACAACCGGUCCAAGGUCGAAACGCAGCACCUACCGGAACCUCUCCCAUACUCCGCUCCCCAGUACCUGCCCCUGCCCCAGGCCCAACCCCUCCAACAACCCGCUCCCGCCCUAACCCUGCACCAGACCCAUCCCCACCAGCACCAAAGCCAGCAGCAGCAGCCCAGUCCCCAGUCCCAGUCCUUCCAAUCGUCCUCCCACCAAAGCAGCAACGGAGCCCACUGGAAGCUGGCCCGGCGGAACCACGACCACAUCAAGCCCGUCGUCGAGCCGGCGGUUGACUCCGAGGCGGACAGUUCCCACGCGCCAACCAGCCCGGUCCAGUCGGUGGUCGUCAAGUCGUCGAAGCCCGUCGAAAAGUCCACCACCGAGGUGAAGGUCGAGGUCAAGCAUCCGGUGUCCGUCGUUGCCCAGUCCAGGUCGGAUGAUAAGCAGCAGCAGGGGGCAAGACAGGAGCAGAAGCAGCAGGAUAACGGACGCAGUUCAGGGACAUCGGCGACAACGAGAAAGCCUCGGCAGUGAAGAUUUCGAAGCAAUCUAACGGCCAGCGAGCACGUGAAUCUACCGGUGUGAUGCUGUACCAGAGAGAGUGAGAAAGAGGUCAGAUAACAUGAUGAGAGAGAGAAAUCUUCAGCCACCUGUUGAUAACAACGUCGAAAGAUGGAGGAAAACCCCCGAAAACAUCGCACGAACGGAAAGCUUUCCGGCAAGUUUGGAGCUUUUACGUAAUUGACGCGGUGGCUGUCAUUGAACUUUUGUGAGGCGCAUUUGUACCAGAAGCUUGCUGAUUUGUUGUUAAAUUAUAAUUAUACUGCUAAUGUUGAAUUGUUUGUGUGAGAAUGAUUGUUUGUUAGAAGAAUGAAAGAGAGUUAGUUUGAGUUAUAAUGAUUUGUUUAAAAGUUACCUAACCAGAAUUGUUAAAGUUUGAUUUCAUGGUUCUUUCUCCCUGUCUAAGCCUUCCAUAGAUUUCAAACCUAGCAAAUAAUCGUAAACUCUACUGAUAGUGAAUAAUUUAUUGACUCUGCUUAAGAUUGAUUGAUUUUCAAUCGAUGCAUGCAGAAAUUGCUCCUUGAUGAGCAAAAAAACCUUCUUCUAGAUUGUAGACCACCUUUGGAUAACAAACAAAAAAUAUCGAAAAUAAAGAGAUGAAAAUAAAAAUGAACAAAAGCAAAA